CAGGAUAACUUCAUGAUGAUGGAGGAUGCAGUGUUGUGUCUGACAUUCAGUCGAGAUAGUGAAAUGUUAGCCUCCGGUGGCCAGGAUGGAAAAAUCAAGGUUUGUCUUUAGACUCUCACGAGUCACGAUGAAAUAGAAAUUUUAAGUUUUAAAGAAAUAAAACAAAACUACUUCGUCAUUUCUGUUCAUUGCAUGGUCACCACCACAUUGAAAAGAAUUUGCAUAAUUUUCUCACUCUGAUAUGAAACGCAAGAACUCCCUUUACAAAUGCCAGAACUCCCUUUUCAAAUGGUAGAACUCCCUUUACAAAUGCCAGAACUCCCUUUUAUACAAAUGCCAGAAGUACCUUUUCAAAUGCCGGAACUCCCUUUUCAAAUGGCAGAACUUGGUUUUCAAACGCCAGAACUCCCUUUACAAAUGCCAGAACUCCCUUUUCAGAUGGCAGAACUUUGUUUUCAAAUGCAAGAAGUACGUUUUCAAACGCCAGAACUCCGUUUUCAAAUGCCAGAACUCCAUUUUCCAAUGCCAGAACUUGGUUUUCAAAUGCCAGAACUUGAUUUUCAAAUGCCAGAAGUACCAUUUCAAACACCAGAACUCCGUUUUCAAACGCCAGAACUCCCUUUACAAAUACCAGAACUCCCUUUUGAAAUGGCAGAACUUGGUUUUCAAAUGCCAGAAGUACCAUUUCAAAUGCCAGAACUCCGUUUUCAAACGCCAGAACUCCCUUUACAAAUGCCAGAAUUCCCUUUUGAAAUGGCAGAACUUGGUUUUCAAAUGCCAGAAGUACCUUUUCAAACCCCAGAACUCCGUUUUCAAACACCAGAACUCCCUUUACAAAUGCCAGAACUCCCUUUUCAAAUGGGAGAACUUGGUUUUCAAAUGCCAGAAGUACCAUUUCAAACGCCAGAACUUCGUUUUCAAACGCCAGAACUCCCUUUACAAAUGCCAGAACUCCCUUUUGAAAUGGCAGAACUUGGUUUUAAAAUGCCAGAAGUACCUUUUCAAACCCCAGAACUCCGUUUUCAAACACCAGAACUGCCUUUACAAAUGCCAGAACUCCCUUUUCAAAUGGCAGAAAUUGGUUUUCAAAUGCCAGUAGUACCUUUUCAAAUGCCAGAAGUACCUUUUCAAACGCCAGAACUCCGUUUUCAAACGCCAGAACUCCCUUCAUAAAUGCCUACGGUAUUACGUAUGGCCAUGAUUUUUUCCUGUGUUAGGUAUGGAAGAUGCAAACUGGACAGUGUUUACGUCGUUUUGAACGAGCCCAUGCAAAAGGUGUAACAUGUAUCAAUUUCUCGAGAGAUGCAAGUCAGCUUCUUAGUGGUUCUUUUGAUAUGACCAUAAGGUACGGCAUUUAUUUGAUUUUGGAGUUGAGAUUUUUAUUAUUGUCAUUGGUUUUGUUUAGAGUUUACAGUAAUUGUUCUUGUAUAAUAAGACAUUAGCUAAUAGUAAACUGUUGUCCACGAACAAUAUGUUCAUAAAUAGUCAUUGGCCAUAAAUUUGCAUGGCCAUAAAGUGCAUGAUGUGUUUUCUUUGUGCAUAAUGUUGUUGUAUAUCUCCUCGCUCAGAAUGCAUGGCUUGAAAUCUGGCAAGACGUUGAAGGAAUUUCGUGGUCAUAUUUCAUUCGUCAACGAUGUUGUAUUCACUGUGGAUGGACACAAUAUUAUCAGCGCCAGCAGUGAUGGCACAGUCAAGGUGAGGCGAACUUCUCAGUCUAUAUGUUAAACAAGGGAAAACACUUGAUGAUGGGGAUGGUAUGUGGUGGGGAGGUGGGGAAGAUGUAGACAAUUUUAGCAGUGAUUGGACAGUCAAGGUGAGCCAAACUUGUCAGAGUGGAGAAUACUUGAUGAUGGAGGUGGGGUGUGGUGGGGAGGUGGGGAGAUGUAGACAAUAUUAGCAUUGGACAGUCAAGAUGAGCCAAACUUCUCAGAGUGGAGAAUACUUGAUGAUGGGCGUGGGGUGUGGCGGGGAGGGGGGGGAGAUGUAGACAAUAUUAGCAUUGGACAGUCAAGGUGAGCCAAACUUCUCAGAGUGGAGAAUACUUGAUGAUGGGCGUGGCGAGGUGGGGGAAAUGUAGACAGUAUUAGCAGUGAUCGGACAGUCAUGGUGAGCCAAACUUCUCAGAGUGGUGAAUACUUGAUGAUGGGGGUGGGGUGUGGGUGAGAUGUAGACAGUAUUAGCAGUGAUGGGACAGUCAAGGUGAGGCAAACUUCUCAGAAUGGAGAAUACUUGAUGAUGGGGAUGUGGUGUGGUGGGGAGGUGGGGGAGAUGUAGACAAUAUUAUUAGUUCCAGCAGUGAUGGCACAGUCAAGGUGAGGCGAACUUCUCAGUCUAUAUGUUAAACAGGGGAGAAUACUUGGUGAUGGGAGUGGAGUGUAAUAGGGAAGGGGGGAGAUGAACACAAUAUUAUCAGUGCCAGCAGUGAUGGGACAGGCAAGGUGGGCCAAACUUCUCAUCUAUAUGUUAAACAGUGGAGAUACUUGGUGAUGGGGGGGGGGGGACAUGAACGGCGUCGUAUGUUAAGAUAGGUUGGAUAGUAAAUAACCAACUUUUGCUUCAUUUAGGUUUGGAACGUGAAAACAACGGAAUGUAUUCACACAUUCAAACCAGCAGUUGGUAGUGUAGCAACAGAUAUUGCUGUGAACUCGGUUCAUCCCAUACCUAAAAACAUGGAGCAGUUUGUUGUUUGCAACAGAUCCAGUACGGCUGUGAUCAUGAACAUGCAAGGACAGGUAAUAAUACAUCUUCAAACUGCAAUACAUUUGCACCUGUAAUUAUUUGCAUGUACAUCAGGCUUCCCUAUACCGUAGACAAUCGCUGGUUGUUUCUCGAAAUUAUUUCCUUACCGCAGAAAUGUCAAGGGAAAAGUUUCAUGCUUUUAAAAUAUAAAUUUUACACGAUAUUCUUCGUUUAAUGACGAAAUCGUCAAAACAUCUCUCCGAAAUGGCUGGAAACUUGCUACUCUGGGCGGUACUUUGGACUUCUUCCAAAAAACCUCCUGCUCCAAAUUCGAUAGUAUUGAGCUCAUCUGGGGCCGGUUGCUCAAAGGUGGGUUAGCGCUAACCCUGGGUUAAAAUUUAACCUGCUGUUUUAGUUUGUAUCUUUCUGCACGUCUGUUUAUUUCACAACUUCAAAGAAGAAAACUCCUAUCGAUCCAGACAAGAUCUCUGAAGAAAUAUUUCCAAAUUUAUAGACAAGCAGUCAGGAAGUUUCCUUUGAAUUUUACGUUAACCUAGGGUUAAGCUAGCCCAGCUUUGAACAACCGGCCCCUGCUCAUCUGAUACAGUUCCUCGUUGUAUCUUUCAGAUCGUACGUAGUUUCACAUCAGGGAAGCGUGAGGGUGGUGACUUCACUUGUUGUUGUCUGUCACCGCGAGGGGAAUGGAUCUACUGUGUUGGUGAAGAUAUGACGUUGUAUUGCUUCAGUACUUCCACUGGCAAACUGGAACAAUCUUUGCAGGUAAAUACAACUCAAGGGGCCGGGCCGGGGGGGGGGGAUUAUCGGACCACGGAACCAUUGGUUCCAGAAAGUUUUUAGAGCUCCCCAAAUUUUUGAGUCCCAAAAUAUUUCCCCAAGAAAGAAAAAAAGAUAAUUGUAAAAUAAAACCAAUAGAAAGAAGUGUAAAAACCAAUAGAAAGAAGGUUACCUGUACUGUAGGUAUGAGCUCAGAAAUGCAAUUAUAAGUGCAUUUAUCUUAAUAGUGCGAUAGUGUAUAAAUGUAUAGACUAUAGAAUGAUGUAACAAAUGUUGUGUGGCAAAUGCAUUUUUAGAGCAAAUCUGGGACCCUGAUGUUCAAAAUUUUCUGGGGGAGAAUGAAUCCCCAAUGGAUAGUGCCCCCUAGUAGUGCCCUUUUUGGCAUUUAUAUUUACCUUAGGAUCAGACCCUUGAUUAGUUUUAUGUUUAUAUAUUCCUAAAAGUAUUAUUAAGAUUCUCAGUGCACUGACAUAAUUUUUUUCUGUGAAAAUACAGCAUGACAUCCAGUUUGACAACUUGUACUAGUCCCACAGUUACAGUGUCCGAGUGUCCAUUUACUUGAUUAUUUGCAGAAAAUUGUCAAUGUUCUCUUGCGUCCCAGAAAGUAAAAUUUUUUCCACCGCCUGUCUUGGGGUUAUCUAGCUAAAAUUUAUAGUUCAGGGUUGUGAUUAUCUUUUGUGUUUAUUUUCUCAAGGUACACGAAAAAGAUGUGAUUGGCGUAAAACAUCAUCCACACAAUAAUCUCAUCGCGACAUUUAGCGAAGACGGACAACUGAGGCUAUGGAAGCCUUAAAACUCUGUAUAUAUAUAGUAGGUUUUAAUUUCUAACAGGCUAUAACUACAGGCGAGAAGUACUACUUCAAACCAUUGGAUUUUGAAUGUCAUGAGAUGGAUUGGACAACCUUUUGGAUUGACUCGCUGUUUGACAAUUUCUUGGCUUGAGUGGAAGAUAAACUCUUCAGCGUUGCUCAGUAUGCAAUGUGGUAUUUGGAAAACGUUUGAGUUUGCAUAUAGGCCUAAAACACUGACACUGUCUUUCUUACUUCCCUUAUCAAACUUCGCAUCGUGACUUCGGAAACAUCCUUUUCAGAACUUUGGGAGGUGAUAGGUUUUUACUGUAAUUCGAAUCAGUGUAAAUAGUUUGAGCAUAGACAAUCCAGAAGACAUAUUUAUUGGUGUGAUAUUUGUCUUCUGGAUUGUCUAUGGUUUGAGAGAUCACUUUAUGCUAAUAAACGGAUACAACUUUUUAAGUUUCAUAUAUUGCAAGUAUAUGAAAUAACUGGGGGAAAUUUAAUAAAAAGAACAGCCAAGAGCAUUUGACAGAAUCUAUAAAUUAACUAGCUACAAUCUUUGACAUAACCCUUGAGAUCGUUCCAGCCAAAAUAUUGCAAAGUUAAUGCACAUUGACAAAACAGACUUUGUUUCCUC